AUGGCUACGGCCGGCCUGAGCAACGGUGCAGCUGAGGCAGGGCCUCAUUCCCACACAGCCUUUCUGGGGACCUUUGCGGCACCUCUGAUGGGGCAAGGGGAGCCCUACCAACACCACCACCACCAACAUGCGCCACCACAGGCUGCUGCACCUCCUCACCACCAGCAUCAGCAGCUGGUGCCCAUGUACCUGCAGCCGCCUCCACCUGCCAGCCUUCCUCUGCGGUACCUGCGGCCGCAGACGCCUCCAUCCAGCACAGCGCAGGCACAACAGCAGCCCCUGGUGGGCUAUGCCCUCUGCUCAGCUGGACCACCCGUUGUGCCACCCCAGCACCCACUGCCGCCCGUGGUCACCGCCUUCCAGUCACUGGUGCCGUGCGUGGCUCGGCCUGCUGUGGCGAGCAAUGCAGCGGGAGCUAGCCGUGCCUCCCUGGUUGGGCCAGCCUCAUUUGCCGUGGGCUUACCGACCUGUGGCAUGGCCAAAAGUGGAACACCCUUCCUCGGCAUGGCAGCACCCACGCACCCUUCAGCAAUGACACCAUAUGGGGAUCCUUCAAUGGGAGAACGAGUGGCAUCCGGUGGAGAUGCCUCGUCUAUGG